GCGUCAGAGAACGACCGCUUCACCGCCCACAAUUUGCUUCAGAAUGCAGUGAAAGCUUCUGGAGGGCAGCUUCCUGGCUGCCAGGACACUGGGACAGCCAUCGUUAUGGGCAAGCGAGGCAUGCACGUGUUCACAGACGGUGACGAUGAAGCGCAGCUCUCCCAUGGAGUCUACGAUGCUUACACGCAAAGGAACUUGAGGUAUUCUCAGAUGGCCCCGGUAACGAUGUUUGCCGAGAAGAACACGAAGUGCAACCUUCCUGCUCAAAUUGACAUUCUUGCGACCGCGAGCUCAUCCUAUGAGUUUCUUUUCAUGGCCAAGGGCGGAGGGUCUGCCAACAAGACCUACCUGUACCAGCAAACGAAGGCGCUGCUGAACCCAAAGAAGUUGGAGGCGUUCAUCACCGAGAAGCUGCAGACUCUGGGCACCAGCGCUUGCCCGCCCUACCAUGUUGCACUGGUCAUUGGAGGCACCUCUGCUGAGACGUGCUUGAAGACCGUCAAGCUUGCAAGCGCCAGGUAUUAUGAUGACCUGCCAACCUCUGGAAGUGAUGGGGGCCGUGCGUUCCGCGACCUUGAAUGGGAGGCAAAGGUGUUGCAGAUUUGCCAAGACCUUGGAGUUGGUGCCCAGUUCGGCGGCAAGUACUUUGCUCACGAUGCCCGUGUUGUUCGACUACCAAGGCAUGGCGCAUCAUGCCCUGUUGGAUUGGGAGUUUCGUGCAGUGCAGAUCGCCAGAUUUUGGCUAAAAUCACGGCUGAAGGCGUGUUUGUGGAGGAGCUUGAGCAUAAUCCCGCACGGCACCUGCCUGACGGGCCUGUGACGGGGCUGUCCGAGCAGGUCGUAUCCAUAAACCUGAAGCAGCCCAUGAAAGACAUUCUUGCCGUCCUCACACAGUACCCAAUCAAGACCAGGGUGUCAUUGACUGGCCCGCUCAUCGUGGCACGCGACAUCGCCCAUGCCAAGAUCAGCGAGCGGUUUGAUCAGACGGGAGUCCUUCCAGAAUACGUGAAGGAUCACCCGAUCUACUAUGCUGGCCCCGCAAAGACACCUGCAGGAUAUGCCUCUGGGUCUUUCGGACCAACCACAGCGGGCCGCAUGGACACUUAUGUCCCUAUGUGGCAACCGCACGGGGCUUCUUUGGUGACGCUUGCGAAGGGCAAUCGCUCAAAGCAGGUGACAGAUUCUUGCAAGAAAUACGGCGGCUUCUAUCUCGGCAGCGUUGGUGGAGCCGCGGCGGUUCUCGCCGAAGACUGCAUCAAAAAGAUCGAGGUGCUGGAGUUUCCCGAGCUCGGCAUGGAGGCAGUCUGGAAGAUUGAGGUAGAAAACUUUCCUGCUUUCAUUCUGGUGGACGACAAAGGCAACGAUUUCUUCGCCAAGUGGACCAUGUGA